GGGCCGAACCAAUGCUCCUAAUAAAAACCGAAGAACACAACAGAUGAAAACAAUAAGAAGAGACGACAAAAGUUCAAUCCUGAAAACAACUUUAAAGAUUGAGAUGAAGACGGUGGUGCUGCUCUCACUCAGCCUCGCAGUGGCUUUAGGAGUGCCAGUACUGCCUCCCAAUGUGGUUCAACAUUCUGAUGAAGACCAGAGCCCUCUGCUGGGAGACCGGGUGCCAGUGCAGGGUCAUGUGGUGCUGGAGAAUCCUGCASCACAGAUCAGUCCCAGCUCUGAUAAAAAUGCUCAGACUCCAGAGGACCUGAAGCCGAAAGAAAAUAUGAAUGAAGAGAAACCGGAGCUCAAAGCAGAACCAGAGGUGGAGGAAGAACUCCAGGCUGAACCUGACUUUAAGGUGGAAUCAGAAGUUAAGGUGGAGUUAAAUAUGGUGGAGAAAGAGGUGGAAGUGAAGCCUGAAGCUGAAGAACUGGAGUCUGAUGAUUUUAAGGUGGAAUCAGAGGUGAAGGUGGAGCUGGACGUUCAGUCUGAAGAACCUGAGGAGCCACAUGAGGCUGAGCCAGCCAGGAUGAAAAAUGUUGCUGAAACUGUGAUGGAGUCAGAGCCACUUAAUGAUGAUGAUGAUGAUGAUGAUGGCCUGGAAGAGGAGGUGAACCAGAAGGAGCUGAUGUCUGUCCGACAAGAGGAUUUUGUUGCUGGAACUUUGCCAGAGGAAGAAGAAGAGGAGGAGGGAGGUACGGUUGAGAGGGAAGGAGAGUUUCUGAGGAAAAGGGAUGAACCAGUCAUGGAGGUCGAGCCGGAGAUGAUGGAAGAAGCAGAACCUGUUCCUGUUGAGGGUGAGGAGUCGGUAACGGAGCAGCUGUCAGAAAGUCACCUCCCAGGUGAAGAGGCCCAGAGGAGGUUUGUUAGAGAGGCAGAGGAAGAGGAAUAUCUUCAGWUUGGAGUGAGACAACAAGUUUCGUCUACAGAGAACAGGCAAGCCACAGGAGGGAGYAAUUGUCCUGGCCAGUUCAUAGAUGGAAAGUGUUACCAGUUCUUCAAAGAAGCAAAGAAUUAUGCUGAUGCUGAGUUUUUCUGUCAGGAACAGUUCUCUGGAGGUCACCUGGCCUCCAUCAYCAGCCCCUCCGCCCACAGACAGCUGAUGAACCUGAUCCUGACGCAGAACGGAGGAUACACCCGCACCUGGGUGGGAGGGCGACGACUGGAUGACCACCGGUUUGUCUGGUUGGAUGGAUCCAGGUGGACUUAUGAUGACUGGUUGUCAGGAGAACCAAACAACACAUCAAGACUGGAGGACUGUGUGGAAGUGCUGCCUUUUGGAAAUGGGAAGUUUAAUGACUUUACCUGCUGGGAGCCUCAGGCUUUUAUCUGCUCCUACCCUUAUCAGUAAAUAUUCAGGAAGAUCAAA